AUUAUUUCCAAAUGUUGUUCCACUUGUCACCACCUUAAAGAAUUUUCGGAUUCUUUCUUUGUUCUCCACACAAGAACAGCGAUGCUCAGACACGCUACAAACACAACCACCACAAACCUAAAGAUUCACGUCGGCUUACUCUUCUGAAUCAAUUUUGUUCCUUUAUACCUGUUUUUCUUCACAAAACAGAGCUCAAAAUAAAAUCUUUCAGUACAACGGGACAUGAAAAUGGAGCCUGUCAGCACAAAUCUUGAUCGUAGCUUGUCAAAGCUCUCGCAUUUCACGAACUUUCCCUCAAAACCCACCUCGAAACUGCUGCCAUUGUGUCGAUUUCCGAAAUUUAUCAGUGGGAAAACCAAGAAUCUCAGAGGUAAGACUGUUCAGUGCUCGGGUCAGGACAAGGGCAGCUCAUCAGUAGCUCGAAAUGGAUGUUCUUUAUAUGUAAAUAAGGAUUUUGUUAAGAGGGUUUUGAAUGGAGCGUUUGGUUUUGCUGCUGCGUUUUCUCUGUGUUCCGAUUCGCCGUCGUUUGCGGAGUCUUUAACUGUGGCAUUUCCUGUUUCUCACACGCGUGAGGUGAAUACAGUUCAAAGAACUCUCAUAGAGGCAUGGGGUUUGAUUCGGGAGACCUUUGUCGAUCCAACUUUCAAUCAUCAAGAUUGGGACUUAAAAUUGCAAGAAACGAUGGUUGAAAUAUUUCCACUGAGAUCAGAAGAUGCUGCGUAUAAUAAAAUCAAAGGGAUGCUUUCCACUCUCGGUGACCCUUUUACGCGCAUCAUUAGUCCUAAGGAAUAUCAAAGUUUCAGAAUAGGAAGUGAUGGGAACUUGCAAGGUGUUGGCUUAUUUGUCAGUGCUGAGCCGAAGACUGGGCACAUGGUUGUUUUGUCGUGCAUAGAGAAUAGCCCAGCCGCGCGGGCUGGCAUUCAUGAAGGGGAUGAGCUAGUGGAGAUAAACGGUCGAUGCCUUGGGGAAUUCUCAUGUCAGAGAGGUAUAGGUAUCUCGAAAGUGCAAUAUAAUACAGUCCAUUUGCUGGUUAAAAUACCUCGUGAAGUAAUAAAGCUUUCGCCCGUAUCUAGCGCCAUUAUCCACCACAGAGCACCUGACGGGCAUCUUUCCAAAACUGGAUAUGUGAAGCUGUCAACUUUUUCUCAGGCUGCUGCAGUGGAGAUGGAAAACACAGUUCAUGAGAUGGAAAAUCAAGGCGUGCAGUCGUAUAUUUUGGAUCUCAGAAAUAAUCCAGGAGGUCUGGUAACAGCAGGACUUGAUGUAGCUCAAAUUUGGCUAGACGGGACUGAAACCCUAGUGAACACUAUCGACAGAGAUGGAAAUAUGUUGCCUAUUAACAUGAUCGAUGGUCAUGCUAUAACUCACGAUCCACUUGUCGUUCUUGUUAAUGAAGGGAGUGCAAGCGCCAGUGAGAUUCUUGCGGGAGCACUUCAUGACAAUGGUCGAGCGACUCUCAUUGGGCAUAAGACUUUCGGGAAAGGGAAAAUACAGAGUGUGACAGAGCUGAAUGACGGAUCUGCCCUUUUCAUUACGGUGGCUAAGUACUUAUCACCGGCACUUCACGACAUUGAUCAGGUCGGUAUAACUCCCGAUGUACAAUGUACAACCGAUUUUCUUAAUUCACCGAAAGAUUCUUUCACGAAGAAUGUUGGAAGCCCGAUUUCAUCUCUGGAAAGAGAUUCUUGUAUCUUAGUAGCCGAGCACCAGCUCGAUAUCCAACAAUCCACAUCCAAAGGCUCGGCUUCUUGAUAAGCUUUGAUCAGCCUUACAAAAGGGUUAUUACUAGGUUUAUGUAGUCUUGUGACUCAAGUCACAAACAGCAGCUUGUAAAUUUAGUCUGCAAAUGUUAUCAGAAUUUAUUUUGAAAAUUAUAUGCUGAAAAUAUCAGGUGAAAAGUAUAGGUUUUGGUGAUAUUACCUUCAUAAAUUCAUAUGAAGUUGAGGGUGGGUUAUAGGGCCUUUGGUUAUUUACUUCACUUAAAACUUGAAGAAUCUGCUUUUGGUUUGUUACUUAGCCUCAAAAUGUGAUGUUACAUCUUGCCAGAUGAAAGGGAAGUAGUGUGCUCUAAGUAAAGAGACGGCAUCAUUCUUUUCUCCAAAAUAUUAGCAGACAUUUUAGUUUUCUUUUAUGGCAACAAUAUCCCCCAAUCGAGUGGGAUAGAAUUUGAAAACAUAACUAGAAAGAUAAAAAAAA